AUGUGCCGGGUAGUUCCCGUCAAAGCACUCCACUGCCCCGAAUCGUCCGACACAAAUACCUACCUCAAGCGCCCCAGGGACAACACGACUAACCCAUUGUCCCGGACAAGCCCGUCCGCAAGGGACAUCUGCCCGAAAAUUGGGACCAACAAGAAAUCGAAGGCCCGAGCCUGGCCGUCUUUCGGAGAAUCAGCCUCAGACAGGAGCUCGAUGCCAGUGCCUUUAAUAAAGUCGAGAUCGUACUCGAGCUGGUGGGUGCCCAAAACGAGGCCCUUUUGGCCGUUAUUGAUGAGACUCUCAACCAUUACAUUUUCUGAGCGAGAUAAUCCUUGUCCACGCGCCGCGCGCCUCCCCGCCGGAAUUGGACCCUCAGAGCGAGCUCCACCACGAGUCGCUGAUGUUCUUCGCCUCCGGCUGCUCCAGAUUACCAAUCAACUCACGGUUUCUUCUGGCUUCCCGGUAGGCCAGGCCAUGGUCGGAGUGGCGGAGGCUCCGUCUGCCGCAGAUGGCUGCUAG